GUUUCAUUCUCUAUGGCCCGGAUCAUGAAGCCUAGCAGAGCAUUGCAACCGCACCUUUCUCGGCUGUAUUACCCUAUUAAUAUAGGUAGGUAAGUAUGUUGGUCAAAAUGACAAGUGCCUCUUCAUCUUGAUCAGGAUAUUACUCCCUUUGAUGUUGCAAGCGUGUCCCAACUUAUUAUCUCAUCCGAUUUCGGUCUUAGCGAAAAUAUCAGCGCAAUCAUGGCGCCUAGAAGACCGGCACGUAUGAUCAGACAUCACACCCUUGCCUACCUACCCUCUCCAAAUGACAUGAGAGUCCAAUUCAUCAAUACCUGCUGCGGAAAUAGUGGACAACAACAACAUUCACUGGACGAGGGUUUGAAGAUAUUCGAGGAUAUCGUGGAAAAACGCAUGUUAGAAUACGAAAGUUCUAUGACUGACCUACUAAAUAUGCUGUGGGCAUCUCACCCAAAGCUAACCUCCUAUUUAGAGCGGCAAUUCCGGACCGCUACGAAGAUCGUGAGUUUGAUCAGGUCUUCGACAGAACAGCCGUCAAUUGACGACAUUGUGAAACUAUUGUGCGAUUACUUUAAAGUAUCUGCAAGUAAUAUGAAAAUCCACGAAAACGAGAUGCGCAAUUUGGUAUUUGCUGUUAUCGGAUGGUCGACUAUGCUGUACACUGUCACAUCCGAAGCAGAAGACAGCGAUCUGCCGAACGUUACAGAGACUCAGUUCACGAAUGGUCCAGCUAAGCUACCUGUCGUACUUGUCAAACAUUCAUGCCAGAGGCCAGUAGGAAGUAUGCUUCGAAGCCAGGGACUCAUGCCAAUAGCAUGUUUACCUGCCUAUCGGAAGUCAUCACAGGGACUGCCAACUCGUUUGACUGUGAAUUCUUUAAAUUUUUGCUCCCUUCAUUGGCUCGGACACGUCAAGAUUACCUGGGUUAACGAUCUUUCCAGCCAUUGCGAGUUCGAUCGACACGGCAAAAUAAAACAAUUAAAACUAUUCCGUCUACCCUCGCUCUGUGCUAAGAUUUUCCUAGGCGAUAAAGACGAAACUUUUAUUGAUCGGUUAUUCAAAAGCCACAGCUGCCAGAAAAAUUGCUGGUCUAUCCCCGAGAGCGUAGCUAAACCAUACCUGGCCGAGGUCCUUCUUAGCUAUCGUCUAUUAUUUGGACAGCAUCAAGCUUCUCGCACCCACUUUGUCAAGAAAGAGCGGGGAAAUGCGGCCUGGAAUGAUGCCCUCGACCCUCUCCUUUAUGCUCUCUGUGGUCAAGACAACGUAUACGGUUUUGAUGGCAUCGAGGAAUACCUUUGCGAGCGUGGCGUCUACGAUGCAGACAUAUCUUUUCCCCAUUUAGGGUCCCGACUAAUGGAGCUAGCUGAUUACAGCUCUAGUCAAAGGCCAACGAGUCUCUUUGAAGUUUGGCGUGAUCAACGAGAUCCCGAGAAGUUACUUACAUUCAAAGCGGUUAUCAUAAUUGGAGCUGCAAGUGUUGCCCUAGGUAUACUUCAAGUUUUCGUGGGGAUCGUACAAAUUGCCGUAACGAUCCAUGCAUAGGUUGAUAGAACCGACAAUUGUAAUCUGCCGA